CAUCUCCUACAUGAGGAAGCCCGUCCCGAUGUUCGACGCGCCGGGCAUCCUGAGCGGCGCGGGGGUCGGGCUGGCGGGGUCGUCGUCGUCGUCGUCGACCUGCCAGGACUGCGGCAACCAGGCGAAGAAGGACUGCACCCACCGGCGCUGCCGGACGUGCUGCAAGAGCCGCGGCUUCGACUGCUCGACCCACGUGAAGAGCACGUGGGUCCCCGCCGCCCGCCGCCGCGAGCGGCAGCAGCUCACCGCCGCCAACAUCGGCGCCGGCUCCUCCGCCUCCACCUCCGCCCCCAAGAAGCCCCGCCUCAUCUCCUCCCAGACCACCACCACCUCCCACACCUCCACCUCCAACACCACCCCUCCCCGCAGCUUCGACACCACCUCCAGCCACCAAGACGCGAGCUUCAGGGAGAGCCUGCCGCGGCACGUGCAGGCGCCGGCGGUGUUCAAAUGCGUGCGGGUGACGUCCAUCGAGGACGGCGAGGACCAGUAUGCCUACCAGGCGAUGGUCACCAUCGGGGGCCACGUGUUCAAGGGCUUCCUCUACGACCAAGGCGUCGACGACGGCGCCGACCACGACCACGACCACGACCACGACCACGCCGCCGCCACCAGCAACGCCAGCGCCAUUCCCAACAUCUCGGAGCUCCACCUCGGCGGCGGCGCUCGGAACGGAGCCUCGUCCUCCUCUCCGAUGCUCCCCUCCGACGUCUAUGGCGGCGGGCCGCACGGCGGGGGCGGAUUCCUCGGAGGUACGAACUUCGGUAACCCAAUAAAUUAAUUAACCUCUUUCCACUCUCUCCGCUCUCAAUCUCACUCUCACUCUCACUCUCACAAUCUCUCUCUCUCUCUCUUUUACUAAUGAAGAGUCCAAAAUGACUCUAUUCGUUAGCUUAAUUCCGUUGUUUUAGUUUAGUUGUGCAUGAGAUUAUGAGAUCAUUACGCACCGGUGAAAACGCCGCAACAACGCGCGCGCGAUGUUGGUUCCAGUUUGUUUGUUGUUGUUGUUAUUGUUAUUAUUGUUGCUGUUGUAUAACAUGUAAAUCUAUGUUGCUUUCUAGCUAGCUUCUUUCCUCUUUUCUUCUUCUUCUUCUUCGAGACAUUAUUAUUCUUCCAUCAUCAUUUAAAAAAAAAAAAAGAAAAGAAAAGAAAAGAAAAGUAGAAGAUAUACUUCCUACUGGUCGACGAUGGGGAGAGUAUCGCGAACACGUUACUACGCUGAUGAGUAUGCUCUACUCUUUUCAAUGAUGUUUCCGUAUAUAGAACUGAUUGGGUGCAACUGCGGGUGCGCAUGAUUUCUGUAGGCAUCCAUUAUUGACUAUUUAGCUCAUGUGAUCUCCUUUGUGUACGAGUUGAAAUGUUUGACUCCGACACCCCCCCCCCUUCUAUCUCUUCUCAUGUGUUCUCUUGCGUGCUCUAGCAUCCUACCCAAGUAACAGUAAUAAGUUUUUAAUAAUAGUAAUGCGUUCUCUGUAGUAAAAGGAAUAUGUAGGUGGGUAGGGGCAUGUGUGCUGUGAAGAGCAUAGCAUGCAUUGGGACUUGUAUCUGAUUGACACUUUCCCUGUCAAAGUGUUUGUAAUGCAUGUGGUGGAGAACAACUCUUUUGAUCUUUUCAAGCCCCAGCAAGUUAACUAUUGGGGCUCUUUGACUGCAUCCCUUGGCGAAGGGCCAUAUAUGUACAGCAGGAAAGGCAUGGUGGCGGGUGCCUUUCCUAAUAUUUUGUGCAGUCCCAUUUAUUCUCUUUGUGGGGGGAGAACCCCGUCAAGGGUGAAAGGAUGUGUUGCUAUGAUAUUAUUGGCAUUUA